UUAUAACUAUGCAUCUUCAAACAUAAGUUCAAGUAUGCCUCUCAGUGUGGCACAUCCUUCAUUGUCAACUCCAUGUCAUGGCCUUCAGACAUCUAAUCCUGUCAUUUCGAUUGUCCCGUCAACUAAUCAUCCUUCGGGCUACGGAGGGCACGCUGACAGUGGCACCGUUGGAUAUUAUCUGUCUCCAAAUGUCAGGCCCAACGGAGUGCCAGCGCUGGAAAGCCCUCGCAUUGAAAUAACCUCUUACUUGGGACUGCAUCACAACAACAACCAGUUCUUCCAUGAGGCUGAGGUCGAGGAGGCCAUCCCCAAUGCGAAGAGGUCACCUUCUACCGCCACGCUGAACUUACCAAACAUCGAGGCUUAUCGAGACCCGUCGUGCCUGAGCCCGGCGAGCAGCUUGUCUUCCAGAAGUUGCAAUUCGGAAGCAUCUUCCUAUGAAUCCAAUUACUCUUAUCCCUACACUUCUCCCCAGACCUCUCCUUGGCAGUCGCCAUGCGUCUCGCCUAAGACCACCGACACCGAGGAGGCGUAUCAGCGCAGCAUGGUGGCCUGCACGUUACUCAGUUCGCCCAGACAUUCUCCUUCUGGGUCUCCCAGGACGAGCGUCACGGAGGAAAACUGGGUGAGCAGCCGCAAUUCGAGGCCGUCCUCUCCUUGUAACAAGAGAAAAUACAGCUUGAACGGCAGGCAGACUUCCUACUCGCCGCACCACUCUCCGACGCCCUCUCCGCAGAGUUCUCCAAGGGUCAGCGUGACCGAUGAGACGUGGCUGGGGAACACCAACCAGUACACCAGUUCGGCCAUUGUGGCAGCCAUCAACGCCCUCACCACCGACGGCACGAUAGACAUGAAUGACGGGAUUCCUAUCAAAUCCAGGAAGACGGCGAUAGACCACACCCCUUCCAUGACACUCAAGACUGAGCCGAGCGGUGACGAUCAGGGGACCAUAUCGCCAACAGCUGACUUAUCACCAGAAGAAUUUCCUGGAUUCCAGCAUAUCAGGAAAGGAAACUUCUGUGAUCAGUAUCUCUCGGUGCCACAGCAUCCUUAUCAAUGGGCCAAAUCAAAGCCGCUGUCUCCAUCGUCAUACAUGAGCCCAUCCUUGCCUGCUCUGGAUUGGCAGUUGCCGUCUCACUCAGGACCUUAUGAACUUCGGAUUGAAGUGCAGCCCAAGUCCCAUCACAGAGCCCAUUACGAGACGGAAGGGAGUCGAGGGGCUGUGAAGGCAUCUGCCGGGGGGCAUCCAAUGGUGCAGCUACACGGUUACUUAGAAAGUGAACCGCUCACCCUACAGCUGUUCAUUGGUACCGCAGACGACCGCCUGCUGCGACCCCAUGCCUUCUACCAGGUUCAUCGGAUCACUGGGAAAACCGUUUCGACGACCAGCCACGAAACCAUACUUUCGAACAGCAAAGUCUUGGAAAUUCCACUUCUGCCUGAAAACAACAUGAGAGCAAUCAUUGACUGCGCUGGAAUACUGAAACUUAGAAAUUCAGACAUUGAACUGCGGAAAGGAGAAACUGAUAUCGGAAGGAAGAACACGCGAGUUCGUCUGGUCUUCCGGGUUCACAUUCCCCAGCCCAAUGGAAGAACUCUUUCUCUGCAAGUAGCAUCUAACCCAAUUGAAUGCUCUCAGAGAUCUGCUCAGGAACUGCCUUUGGUGGAGAAGCAAAGUGUUGAUAGCUAUCAUGUGAUGGGCGGGAAAAAAAUGAUACUGUCCGGACACAACUUUCUUCAAGACUCCAAAGUCAUUUUUGUGGAGAAAGCUCCAGAUGGUCAUCACGUGUGGGAAAUGGAAGCCAAAACUGACAAAGAGCUGUGUAAGCCAACAUCGUUGGUGAUAGAGAUACCGCCAUUCCGCAAUCAGAGAAUUACGAGUCCUGUCCAGGUCAAUUUCUAUGUCUGCAACGGAAAGAGAAAGAGAAGCCAGUGCCAGCUUUUCACCUACCUUCCGGCUAAUGUUCCAAUUAUAAAAACAGAACCCACUGACGACUAUGAGCCAGCUCAAACCUGUGGACCAAGGAACCAAGGAUUAAGCCCUCUCUCCAAACCGUACUACAGCCAGCAGAUCAUGAUGCCUCCUGAUCCUGGCUCCUGCCUCGUGGCUGGCUUCACUUCCUGUCAGCAGAGAAACGCGGUGAUGUCAUCGUCUCCCAGCUCAAGCCCCAAGCUGCAUGAUCUCUCCGCUCCUGCUUACAAGUGCCUCUCCAACCCCGGCCACAGCCACCUAGGACUUCAGCAGACCGCUGGAGGGAUCCCCGCCAUACAGGAAGUGCCAAGGCCUAUAGUUGUGCACCCAAGCUCUCCCGAUCAGGCAUCUCACAUCAUGCUGCAGCCGCAGUAAAUGAAAUAAUAAGGAACGAUCUCUCCAGCACCAACGUCCAUUCGUAGCUGGCCAUCUAGAAAUGCUUGCUGUUUUAAGCUUAGCUGAGACAUCGGCUUC